UAAUCGGGAAGCGUGCGGAGCAAGGCGAGGAGAAGGGGGCGGAGCCAAACGCCUCUUCCGCCCGUUGCCCCGGAAGGGUGAUGUGGCUGGGGGUAUCGGAGGUCUCACUAUGUCUGCCAUUUUCAACUUUCAGAGCCUACUGACAGUAAUCUUGCUGCUUAUAUGUACCUGUGCAUAUAUCCGAUCCUUGGCUCCUAGCGUCUUGGACAAAAAUAAAACUGGACUGUUGGGUAUAUUUUGGAAAUGUGCCAGAAUUGGUGAACGGAAGAGUCCCUAUGUAGCAGUAUGCUGUAUAGUCAUGGCUUUCAGCAUCUUAUUCAUCCAGUAGCUGGGAAAAUGGCAGAAUUUAAUUGCUGUCAGAUUCCUGUAGAUAAAAGACUUGCCUACAGGAAACCAUGGGAAGAAUGAUUAUUGACCCUUUAAGCUGUGUACCAUGAUUGAAAGACUUUGGCUACUGUUUUCAAUUAUAUGUGUUAAUGGACCAAGCUUGUUCUCUAUAAAUAAGAUGCAACUGUUAAUACCCAAAUAGAUUGAUAUCUGCAUAAUGAUUGACCUUAUUUAUAGUUUUGUCAGUACAAUGGCAUUCUGUAAAUGUCAAUCUUUUAUGUCUCCUGUUGAUCUACAGGAGGUAUUUCUAUUGCAUACAAUAGAAAGCAAACUUGGUAAGUGAUUGCUCAAGUUCCUUUCUAUGUAAUUUUUGGGGAAAUGUGUCCUUAUGUGAGAAUAUUUCUAUAUUGAGCAUUUUUGUUAUUUGAAAAAAAAAUGGUUGGAUAUUAUGCAAGUGUUCAUAAAAAUUGCACUUGUAUCUAAUAAUGCUUUAAACAUGUUUUCCCUGAAACUCAAUUUGUACUUAGUUUUAUCUAUAGCUUACAAUAUUUUCCAACUUUAUAAAGUCAAUCUUUGCAGUACAUAUACAGAAAAUUUGCUAAGAUUGUAUGUAAGAAUGUUAUAAGAAAGGUAUUAUUUUCAGAUCCCUUUACAAAAAAAAAAAAAAAAAACAUGAAUUUUUAAAGAUUUUCUCAGUUAAAGCAAAGAACUGUCAUAAAAGUUUACUGGGAUAUUUCCCCCUUGAAAUCUACAUAUACAGAUGUCUUAAACUUUUAUUUAAAUACCUGUGCUAAAGAAAAAACAUUUGAAAGAUGAAGUGCGCUAAUUAGAACAAUUGUGAAAUGAUGAUUCCUAUGUUUCAUUGAUUUGGAUCUCAAGUCUUUAAUAAUGAAACAGCUAUUUUCAUUGCCAGAAAUUUACACUGUUGCCGCCCCCCCCCCCAAAAAAAAAAAAAAAAAGACCAUAAAAAUAAAUCAGUUGGUCCAUACUAGUGAUUUUUUGAAAGCUUGAUCUAAAGUUGUCUCAAGAUAUAUAGCUGGUAUAUGUAGGCAUUGAAAUCCACUAAUUUAGUAUUCUCUGUUAUUAAAAAUAUUUGAUACAAAUCAUUUUCAGAUUGAACAAAAGAAUAAUAUCAGUAACUUUUAAAAUAACAAAAUAUACAAAUGCAGUUUAUGUACUUUGCAAGAGUGCAGUUAUUUUUAUGAAUCUUCAAAAGCAAAAAAAAAAAAAAAGAAAAUUCACAUGAUUGAGUACAAUUAAAAUUUUUUUGUUUCAACUGAAAGAAAAGUUAGAACUUGUGAAACAUUUAAUUAUUUUAAGUGGGUUUUUUGUGUUAGCAGGUUAAUAAACUUAAUAAAGCUCUUGCUCAAAUAUUAA